UUAUGUGAUGAACAUGUGAUCGAGAUUUUUAAAUGUUUUCAAUUACAAGUUGAAUUAAUUUAACUAAUUGUUGAUUUGAUUAGAAUAGUUUUCUAAUUGUGAUGGUAUAUUUAAGCUGUUUAAGGUUAACUAGAAGGUCUUUUGACAAAGCGUCACUUGAUUUGUCUCGAAAGCUUCAAAAGAACAAUUUUAAAUUUUUAGAUUCUUUGCAUUUAAAAGUAACUGCUGGUAAAGGUGGAAAUGGUUUAGAGUUUUACAAUGGUAUUGGAGGAGAUGGAGGUGAUAUAUUACUUCAAGGGGAUAAAAAUCGGAAAACGCUCAAUGAAAUUUUAGCUUAUACUACAAGUCGACUCAUUUCUGGGGCAAAUGGUAAAGAUAGUCGAAUUGAUUGUUUAUUACCCAUGAAGGCUAAGCCCAAAUUGAUAAGAGUACCAUUAGGUGUUACUAUUUACAGUACGUCUAAAGAGUUAAUCGCUCAUGUGGAUAAACACCAAGAGAAAGUUCUUGUUGCCAAGGGAGGUGCCGGUGGUUCAGAUGAUAAUAAAUAUGUUGGUCAAUUAGGUGAAUAUAAGGAACUAAUCGUCGAUCUUAAAUUGAUUGCCGAUGUUGGUUUCGUUGGUUUUCCAAAUGCUGGUAAAUCUACUCUAUUAACGGCAAUUUCGAAAGCGACUCCUAAAAUCGCAAGUUAUGCCUUCACAACUUUAACACCCAAUAUUGGAACCAUUGAGUAUAGUGAUCUAUUUAAAAUCACUUGUGCAGAUUUACCUGGUCUAAUUGAAGGAGCUCACGACAAUGUCGGCUUGGGCCAUGAGUUUCUUAAACACGUUGAAAGGACUAAAUUGUUACUAUUUGUUAUCGAUGCUGAUGGUUUUCAAUAUGGACCAGAUUAUCCUCAUCGAUCUGCUUUGGAUACCUUAUUAUUAUUAAACAAGGAGCUCGAAUUAUAUGAUCCGUUAAUCUUAGAUAAACCAUCUCUUCUUGUUAUAACCAAGAUUGAAAAACCAGGAAACAAAUUGAAAUACAAACAAUUCCUUGAAGAUCUGAGGAAAACUGUCUCAACCAAUUUUAGUUCAAUUCCCCCUGAAAUGAGACCGUUACAAUUUACUUUGCUACAAGACAUUUUACCGAUAUCAUCUCAUUCUGGUCAUAAUAUAUUAUUUUUAAAGAAUCGACUGAAAAAACUUAAAAGAAGACACUAUGAAGAUUAUAAUCCAUAUGAUGACGAUGCCGAUUCAAGUAUAUUAUCAAUAAUCGAAAAAAAGUUGAACCAAAUAAUCGAGAUCAAUACAAUGUAAAGUUGGUUAAUCAAUUCAUCAGAAAAAAAAGAUCAAAUCUCCAACGAAAACAAAGAUCAACAAUUUGGACUAAUCAUUUCAAAUGUCAUCAACUUGAAAAGAAAUAGUUAAUCACUUAGAUUGUUUAUAUUCAUGUAAAUAUCAAAAUAAUGUACAAAGUCAAAAUUUCUUUGUAGCAAUUAACAUAUUAUUGUUACUAAUAGUUCUGAAUUAGUAACAAUCAACAAACUGCA